AUGAGCACCAUACCACUGAAAGCGGUAAGUAGAUGGUGGGGAUGGGCUAACAGCCUUGAUAUUCCCUACUAUCUGCGUGUACCCGGGUUCAAGCUGUAUGGCUAUCUGUUCGGAGUCAACUUCGAUGAGGUGGCCGAAGAUGACCUGCACAAUUACAGGAACCUGGCGGAGUUCUUCUAUCGAGAACUAAAGCCUGGUGUGAGACCGAUAGACUCAGACCCUGAAGGAAUAGUCAGCCCAGCAGAUGGCAGAGUCGUACAAUUCGGGUACAUCGAGCACGGAGAGGUGGAGCAAGUCAAGGGUGUGACAUACCAUCUGGAUGCGCUACUGGGCAAAGAGCCGACAAGCAAUGCGCAGGCGUCAACGAACAUAGCACGCACUUCGGGAAGCCCGCAGCCAAGUGAGAACAGAGAGCGUCAUGGGGACGAGGAGACGAUUAAGGCGGAUGAGGAGUUUGCCAGAGUGAAUGGCAUCUCCUACACUCUUCCAAACCUCUUUUCCGGUCCUGCAAAGAGCGAUAAACGAAGAGAUGCCGGUCGGGGGUUCGGUUUCUGGAACCCACCGACUUCUGAUCAAAGCACAAAGGCGCAAGCAUCGUCCGAAGCUGAAGUCACAGCUGACCUCGCGCGUACCGAGAAGCCAUGGUACUAUCCGUCCGGCACAGCAAAGAAAGCGCCAACAGCACUUUACUAUUGUGUGGUAUAUCUGGCUCCGGGCGACUAUCAUCGCUUUCACUCCCCAGCUAGCUGGGUGGUCGAGUCAAGGAGGCACUUUGCCGGCGAACUCUACAGCGUGUCUCCCUACCUUGUCCGCAGCUUACCCGGCUUGUUCACGCUCAACGAGCGGGUGGUGUUACUCGGUAGAUGGAAGUACGGCUUCUUCUCUUACACACCCGUGGGCGCAACCAAUGUCGGCUCGAUCGUCGUCAACUUCGACCGCGAGCUUCGGACCAACAGUCUUCUUACGGACACGCUCGCAGAUCACGCUGCGGCACAGGCAAAGGAGAAGGGUGAGACGUACUCUGGCUAUGCUGAGGCGACAUACACCGCCGCGAGCCCAGGAAUCGGCGGUCACGCACUGAAGAAGGGCGAGGAGAUGGGCGGGUUCCAGCUGGGCAGUACCAUUGUCAUGGUUUUCGAGGCACCCAAGGGCCGACGGCCUAGCUUCGAUGAAGGCUGGGACGCUGACUCGGAGGGUACAGGCAGGAAAGGUGGCUGGCGCUGGUGUAUAGAGAAGGGCAUGAAGGUUAAGGUCGGGCAGAAGCUGGGCUACGUUGAGAAGGAGGAUGCGGCAGGAUGA